UUUCGCAGUGCCGGUUCUUGACCUCGAUGCGCUCGUUUCCCCAGGCUUUUGCGCCCAAUCGCAUGCCCACAGUCCGCCAGGCUACUAGAGACAUUAGAGGUGAAAUGAGCCCCUAAGAGGUAUCGCUAAGUGUCCUUAGAUGAACGCUAACGCCUAGUGCGAUAAGCGACAUCACCUCCACUCAAGUCGCAGUUGCUCAACGCGACUCACCCUCACACCUCUCAUCUUUCGGGACCACGGCCUCCUUCUCAACGCGGGUUUCCCGACUUCAAAAAGCCAUGGAAAGGAGUGUGAGCAGUCGCGACCAAUCUGGCGACGAUCCGAAUUCCACUUUCGCCGCUCCCGGACCAUCACAUUUCGAUCCAUCUUCAUACUCGUUCCCCAUCGAUACUCAGCUCACCAUGGAGUCGAACUAUGCAUUGCAGCCUUUUGCGCGUCAACUUGGAGAAGCUGCAUCUUCUGUCGAGCAUGCAGCGGCUCAAUUGACCAACCUUCCCGCCGCAUCAAAUGGCGGAGCCUCCGGUACCACUACUGAUCCCGCCAUGGCGCCGCCGCAGACUUCGGGUCAAGUGUCCUUCAUGCCUACUCCGACACGCAGAAGCGUGGACGACUCUUCGGACCCUGCGCACACGCCCCAGACAGGAGACAAGAGGAAAAGAUCUAAGACGUCAAGAGCCUGUGAUGAAUGUCGACGGAAGAAGGUGCGAUGCGACGCUCCAACAGAGAUGGAUGGGACACCUAAAACAUGCACCAACUGCCAGAAGGCGGGCGUGGCGUGCGACUUCGAGCGCAAACCGAUGAAACGGGGACCGUCGAAAGGUUAUAUCAAAGAACUGGCGGAACGUGUUCAACAAGUCGAACAUGUGCAAAAGCAAGCGCUUCGACAAUCAUUAGAUGCAGGUUCCUUGGCCGGAUACGCUGAGACCUUUUCUCCCGAUGAUUCUGCCUCAGCUAGCAGACGCCAUUUCUCCUUUCCAGAUCCUCGCAACCCUUUUGCCCCGAUCGAUUUUCAACGUGACAGGAUACCAAGUACCGGCGCCUGGGGGCCGUCUGGGGUGCGACCGCGCGACAACGGCAGUCUGGCAAUUGCGCCCGAUCAAUUUAUACCCGCCUCGGCUUCAGGUCGUGACGCUCUCAAGCAUUCCGAGACCGUCAAACCUUUCUGGACGGAGCUUGAACCUUCACCACCGCCCAGCCGUCCACGAUCGGACGAUCCUUAUGCAAAUCUCGAGCCGCUUGUAGUGGAUCGUUUACACCUGAGCAAUUACUUCAAGCAUGUGCAUUCUUUGUUUGCGCUCCUCCCAGAGGCCGAGGUGGUCACUCGAGUGGCCCAUGGCUCACCUGCAGGUCUUCAACACGCUUUCGCAGAUGUCAUCGCAUUGCUUCCUGGGUCCACUAGCCCCGCUGUUCUCAACGGCAAUCAUGCAGACAAUUCUGCUGCCAGGAACGACGCGAUGACUCAACUUCCGAAGUCUGAUUUGCCUUCUAAAACAUUCGAGAAUUCGGAAGAGUUGACAAGCUACAUCGUGAAGCGAGCGGAGGCAUUCACAAGCACGGGCUGGGACCGUGGAAGUCUUGUCCGCGUUUGGAUACUUUUGUUGCUGGCAGUACUCUAUGAGAACGAUGUGAUGCAUAUUCAAGGCUUGGACAUCACCAAAACUGAUCUGAUCAAUUCCAGCUUGCGGAUACUUGAGUCCAAGCGCGAGGAGGAUGCAGCCAAUUACUCACCAGACCUGGACAAAUCUCAGUUCGAUCACAUCUGCCGACAAGCUUUCAACUGUGCUUGUCUCUUAUCCAAACUGCAUGCUCUCAGUUUGGGCACGAGCAGCCGAGAGUUUUCAACCAGCGAUGACCCGAACAGUGGAGCUAUGGUUGGGUAUGCUGAUAUUGCGAAUGUGCCUUCAGGAGCAGGAUUUCUGACACAUGCGUCCAACACCAUCGCUAUGGCCUCCUGUCUGCUUCACAUUGACCCUUGUAGCCCAGUUGGGGCUCAAGUCAAAAGGAUACUCACUUUCACUCUUUUCGAGGAUACCUUGAAAAAGUACCCACCGCUGGAUUUGCAAUCACCGAUCGUGCAACAAACGAAGCUUUUCUUGGAUCUCCUGAUGUCUCGCCACCCAGACAACGAGUAUAGCGCCAUGACUGUCCUGAUGAAGGCGUCACAAUUGACGGACUUUUUGGUUGGCGAUCCGCGGUCUUCCAUGUAUUACAAUCCCGUGGACAUGCACGCCUGGUCGCUGGCAACGAUCACAUGCUGCGAAUUCGCGAUGCAUGCUCGUGAGGAGACGUACACUAAGCCGGCAGUGGAGAAUUUGGGUCGGCUAAGGACUGCGCUCCAGAAAAGAUUGGAAGCUUUCCACCAAAGCUAUGGCUACUCCACGUUCUGGGCUCCCGCGGGGGGCGCGACAGAUGAGUAUAGAAUGUCACAUUGGGCAGACUGCUUGCUCAAUAUGAUUGAUGAUGUUAGAGUGAGAGCUGCCACCAGGGAAGAGGGUGGUGGUGACAGUGCCGGCGACAACGCGGCAGUGCUUCCUAACCUGUCUUUGCUGCUAGCAGAGGGGUGGUUCCGAGUGCUUUACCAUUAUCGACAAAGAAUCGAGGGUCAGGUUUGAAUGUCUCAUGGCGAACUACGUUGGUCGCGUGUUACAGAACACCUGAGCAGGUUGGUGUGCUCCAGACUUUGGAGAGUGGACGCUGUCACAAGAACCGAUAUGAGCGAUGCACUAUUCGAAUUACGCCCGGACGAUGAUGUAUGUAAGAAUAAGCUGUGGUCACAAUGUAUCAUAUCAAUAAGGUGUGUUGAGAUUGUUGUUGUCUGCAAGGUCCAAGCCCGUUCUACGACAACCGGACAGAACCGGUGCGCAUCGAGACUAUGUGUUCUGCCG